UGUAAAGAUAACAGCAUCUCUUACUGGGCGCAGAUACGUCCCAUAGCCAACUCACCAAUAGACAGAGAAGACAGUGAUCAAGGGAUCAGUUGGUAUGAAAUGGAUUGCAAUUUAAUUGGAUUCCUAAAGUUGCGCUUAUAUGAGUGAAUUGAAUGUAAAGAGCAGUGGUAACCUCAUAUUUGGAACUUCACAUCAGACGUUUCGAAUACAAAGCCAGCGUACCGGUGAGAUACGUUUGAUAACUAUGAGUGGUUUGCAAAGGAUAUGGACUGUAAUAAUUCGUUUUGAUACGUUUGAAAACGCGGUAGAGCCAUUCAUUUAGUGAUCAUUUCAAGUUCGCCGGUCAAGACCAAAACCUCUGGAAUUGUGCUUUAGAUGAGAACUGGACUGAUAGUGAGCUUUGGACAAAAAGGACCCAAGCCUAACAGGGCUGGAGAUUAAGCAAAUAACAUAAUAUCUGCAAUAAUCAUUAGCUCUUGACAGCAAGAUCUUUUGGAAUGCAAAAACUACAUGGACUGUUUUGGAUUACCAUAACUUGUGCAUCAAUCAUCGUUCCAUGUGUAUUCCCGGUGGCGCAUAGUAGGAUCAUUACCGUGAUACUUGUGAAGUAGCCUAACCCUCUAACUUUAAUCUCUGUAUUCACGAACCACAAUUCCUUUCCAGCGUGCUUUGGAAUUCCAGUCUCAAAAAUAGAAAAUGAGAAGAUAUAAUCUCACACUGGCUUGUUUAAUGGCUUGCAUACUUUCAAUCUGCGGUACCUUGGGGACAACGCGGGCGCGCAUAACGGGGGCAGAGACUCAAACCGUCACCCAGGAGUCGUGCGCAUCGUGUGGGUUGCCGGAGGCGUCAGAACGGGUGGACAUAGACCUUUUGGAAGCAGUUAAGAGGCACAUCUUGAACAGAUUACAAAUGAGAGAAAGACCCAACAUCACUCAUCCUAUUCCCAAGGCUGCAAUGGUAACAGCGCUGAGGAGGCUUCACGCCGGUAAGGUACGGGAAGACGGGAGGGUUGAGAUCCCCAACCUUGAUGGACAAGCUUCCUACAGUAACGAGGUGCAUGGGGAGACGUCGGAGAUAAUCAGUUUUGCAGAAUCAGAUGAGCUGGCUUCUUCUCAAGCCUCUAAGUCCAGCCUCCACUUCCUCAUCUCCAGUGAAGGGAACCAGAACCUGCAUGUGUCUCAGGCCAACCUGUGGCUCUACUUCAGGCUGCUGCCCACCGGCUCCGAGAAAGGGCCUCGACGGAGAGUCACAGUUAAAAUCCACUACCAUGAGGCAGGGACUGGAGCUGCAGGUGGAGCCAGGGGAGGAACAGGGGCAGGGGCAGGCGGAGGAGGUCGGUGGACCCUAGUGGAGAAGCGUGUGGACCUAAAGCGCAGCGGCUGGCACACCUUCCCCCUGUCAGAGGCAGUGAGGGCCCUGUUUGGUAAGGGCGGCCGGCGGCAGGACCUGGAGGUGCGUUGUGAGGGCUGUGAGGCAUUCAACGUGGUUCCUAUCUUAGUUGACCCAGCAGAACCCUCACACAGGCCCUUUCUGGUGGUCCGGGCACGGCAGGUGGAAGGGAACCACCGCAUCAGGAAGAGGGGGCUGGAGUGUGACGGGAGCAGUGGAGGCCUGUGCUGCAGACGACAGUUCUACAUAGACUUUCGCCUCAUUGGCUGGAACGACUGGAUCAUCGCACCCGCGGGUUAUUACGGUAACUACUGCGAGGGAAGCUGCCCGGCGUACAUGGCGGGGGUACCGGGGUCGGCGUCAUCGUUCCACACGGCGGUGGUCAACCAGUACCGGAUGAGGGGCAUGAGCCCCGGCUCGGUCAACUCCUGUUGUAUCCCCACCAAGCUCAGUACCAUGUCUAUGCUGUACUUCGACGAUGAGUACAACAUAGUAAAACGAGACGUGCCCAAUAUGAUAGUGGAAGAGUGUGGCUGUGCCUGAGUGUCUGUGACUUUUUAAACUUUGAAAGUUAAAUCAAACGACGAUAGUCAAAAUGUCUUGUACAAAAACACCUUUUUGUAUGACACACAUAUAAAUAUAUAGUUAUAUGGAAGCACACCAACAGGUACACACAAACAAGAUGUAUUUAUGGUUUGUUGUAUUUAUCUGGCUGAGUGAGGCCAGGUUCUGUCCAUUCCAUAUUAAGAACUUCAGAACGGUUCCAGAGUUUUGGGAAGAGAAGGAAAUGGUUGAUCACCAAAUGAUAACAUUUUUCUAGUUUGCCAUUUCUAGAGGAAAAAUAAUGGUCCUUCAACUCUUCUGAAGAUGGAAAGAAAAGCGCUUAAGGAAACAGCACACCAGGACAUUGACAAAACAAAAGCACUGACAAUGACAAUUCAUCAGCUUAUAUAAUUCAGAAACACCAGCACUUCCAUAAAGAAAGUCAUAAAGACACUGUGACUGUCUGAUCCUGUGGAAUUAUAACAUAAACUGUGUCAGCAAGCGCUUAUUAUUGAAUAAAGCUUUUCCAGGACUACACUCAUGUCCAAGUGAGGUAACGACACAACAUUGACAUAUUGUUGUUGACAUUGGACCACGUUCUUUCCUCCUGCUUGUGUAAGUGUCUGUCUGUCUGUCUGUCUGUCUGUCUGUCUGUCUGUCUGUCUGUCUGUCUGUCUGUCUGUCUGUCUGUCUGUCUGUCUGUCUGUUCUGUCUGUCUGUCUGUCUGUCUGUCUGUCUGUCUGUCUGUGACCAUGCUGCAAGCAAUCGCUCACUGAGUUCAAAGGUGAAGAUGGACCUUUGUGCAAACUGCACUACAUACACUUAAUCCUGAGAACGGAGAGUCCCCACUGCCCCUACUUGUUCCGAUAAAGUGGACCUCGAAGUGGUGAUGAGUUUUUUGUUAGGGCCCAACAGGGCAUGAUGGUGCAGUGCAGCACUUGCAGACUAAACUCUUUAAAUGCACACUCCCACUCCUAAUAGCACUUGCAUAUUGAAAUGCCUUCAAAGUGGUACUGAGUGUCCUGUCAUAAAUAAGUGCCACAUGAUCUAUGCAAUGUAUAGUAACCCACCCAUGCCCACCCAUACAACUGAACAUACCAGACUGAACUGAACUUUCUCCUCCUCCUAUGCUAAUGCAUCUCCUAUCAAAUACUUGAAAUGUGAUCUUUCGCUUCCGUUUUUUCAAAGCGAAUGAUUGUUAUGACAUUUGCACUGAAAAGUUGCGAGAUUAGUUAAUAAACAAACUGCCAUUGAAAAGUUAUUUUUAUAGAAGUAAAUUUACAUUUUUUGUUUAAUAAAGUAAUUUACCUACACAGCAAAUUCUCCAGUGUUAAAUCCACACUGAGAGUGUUAAAUUAACACUGAAUGUGUUGGCCCGUAUCGGCACUGGAACAGUGUUAAAUUAACACACUGAUAGGUGUAAAGCCUAAUUUCCCAGAAUACCUUGCCUUUGAGUGAAUUAUAGAAUUACCACUCCUGACUGUCUUUGUUAGUGACAGAGACAUGGUUGUUGCAUUCAUCCAUUUUCAGUCUUCUGGACUUCAGCAUGUGAGAUCCUGAGAGAAUAUUUUAUUAAAAUGGUAUUAUUUAACACAAUACAAUAAGUAUUUCAUAAGGCCGUAUUUUCAGGGACUACACUCUAAACAUAACAAUUAACUCUAUAACACUUAUUGGUUUAAAAUAACACCCAGUGUUGGUGUUAAUAACCGGAGUUUAACCAAAACCUCGCUCAUCAUUAUUAUAUUUCCCAGCAUGGUCUAUUGCGGGUUCAUUUGAAUAAUUGUUUGUUUCAAUAUCUAUGUUUUUGCAUGUACAUUAAUUGAUUGAUUAAUCCUAUGCUUCUCAAAUAUAAAUGAGAUACAUUUUCUUAACUAAUUCAAUAUGUUACUUGGAUUUGUUGCACCUGUUACUGAAAUGGUUGUUCCAGUUUAGAUCCUUUAGGUAGUCUCAUAUUUCAGUCUUCCCAACUCUGGUAGUUGCAUAUGAUAAAAAAUGCAGAACGUUGGAUAUCCCCACUCUGGCUAGAGUUCAAUCGGAAUUACACAGCAUUAUACAAGCCAGCAUAAUGUGACAGGUUGCAUGAAUAAGGCAAAAAUGUUGGGUUGUUUGGAUUACCCAACAUGGGUUAAUUUAACCAUGAAUUUAGUUUUUAUUCACCUUCAUGCUGUGUUGACCAAACAGCUCUGUCUUUUUGAAUGUAAUCUAUCGGUUAUUUUCAGGAGGCAGGACUUAUUAAGGGCAUGGCUUUUAGAAAGUUAUUUUUGGUCAUGUGAGAUUAAAUGUAAUUCCUGUUGAUAAUGUAAGUUUGUACACUGUAAUGUAACAAUUCUAUAAAUAUUAUUGUACAUUACAUAUUUUAAUACAAAAAUAUUAACAUUAUGAUAUACAUAUAGCAAGAAAGUGUUAACUAUCCUACUGGGAAGAUCACAUUUGCAUAGGCUGUUAAGGAACUCACACAUUUCUGUACGCUUCAUUAAAGCUACCAAAGUGUUAGUGUUCAACCAUAACAUGCAAUAACAAUUCAACAGAACAGAUUAACUGGAAUUACAUUUACUCUCAUGGGUGGCAAAAAUAACUUGCUGAAAGUCACACCCCUAAAAAGCCAAGCCUCCUUGUCUUGUGAUCUGACCUGCUGGGUCAUAUCUCAAUAAACAAGCGUCAACAAACCAAACUAUGUCUUAAUUUUUUUUAGAAAAUAACUGUGACCCAAUGCCUGCAACCCAGCAGUUGGUUCAUGCAAACAAUCCAGUAUUCUUUUGUUUAUGUCCUCAAAAUAAGGACUCAUGAAAUACAUAUUGUAUUUUUUAAAUAAUUACAUUUUAAUAAUGGUAUUUUAAUUUAGGAUUUCACUUGGUUAAGACCAUAGGGCUGUAAGUGGAUGAAUGCAACAAUCUUGUCUCUGUCACUAACAAAUUCAGUCAUGGGUGGUAACUCCACAAUUCACUCGAAAUGCAAAGCACUCUGGGAAAUAUGCAAAUUAUUACACUAAGCAGUGUGUUAAUUCAACACUGUUCAGUGUCUAUACGGGUCCACACUUUCAGUGUUAAUUUAACUCUGGGGAAUUUGCUGUGUAAUAAUGGAACCAAAGAGGCCAAGAUUAUUUUAGCUUGAUCAUAAGAGGCCUAAUCUACGUAUCAGGGUACACUAUGAUGAUUCCAUUUCUUAGUUUUAUUAUUUCCUUUCUCUGUCUAUUUUGUACAAUAAACAUGUGGAACACUUAAUUUUUCAUCUUUAAUUCUAUUUUUUCAGUUUUUCUAUUUAAUAAAAAUAUAUUUUUAGUUCCUGUUUCAGAAUAAUUUAGUCAUGUAAAUGUCAUCUGUACAGUUUAUGUAAAAUAAAAUGUGUUUUCUUAAAAUAUUUUGUAAUUUUAAAAUAAAUUCUUACUCUGCAUUA